GGGCUAAGGCAGGCACACAGUGGCGGAGAAGAUGCCCUCCUGGGCCCUCUUCAUGGUCACCUCCUGCCUCCUCCUGGCCCCUCAAAACCUGGCCCAAGUCAGCAGCCAAGAUGUCUCCUUGCUGGCCUCGGACUCAGAGCCCCUGAAGUGUUUCUCUCGAACAUUUGAGGACCUCACUUGCUUCUGGGAUGAGGAAGAGGCAGCACCCAGUGGGACAAACCAGCUGCUGUAUGCCUACCCGGGGGAGAAGCCCCGUGCCUGCCCCCUGAGUUCUCAGAGCUUGCCCCGCUUUGGAACCCGAUACGUGUGCCAGUUUCCAGCCCAGGAAGAAGUGCGUCUCUUCUUUCCGCUGCACCUCUGGGUGAAGAAUGUGUUCCUAAACCAGACUCGGAUUCAGCGAGUCCUCUUUGUGGACAGUGUGGGCCUGCCGGCUCCCCCCAGUAUCAUCAAGGCCAUGGGUGGGAGCCAGCCAGGGGAACUUCAGAUCAGCUGGGAGGCCCCAGCUCCAGAAAUCAGUGAUUUCCUGAGGUACGAACUCCGCUAUGGCCCCAAAGGUCUCAAGAACUCCACUGGUCCCACGGUCAUACAGUUGAUCGCCACAGAAACCUGCUGCCCUGCUCUGCAGAGGCCACACUCAGCCUCUGCUCUGGACCAGUCUCCAUGUGCUCAGCCCACAAUGCCCUGGCAAGAUGGACCACAGCAGACCUCCCCAACUAGAGAAGCUUCAGCUCUGACAGCAGGGGGUGGAAGCUGCCUCAUCUCAGGACUCCAGCCUGGCAACUCCUACUGGCUGCAGCUGCGCAGUGAACCUGAUGGGAUCUCCCUCGGUGGCUCCUGGGGAUCCUGGUCCCUCCCUGUGACUGUGGACCUGCCUGGAGAUGCAGUGGCAAUUGGACUGCAAUGCUUUACCUUGGACCUGAAGAAUGUUACCUGUCAAUGGCAGCAAGAGGACCAUGCUAGCUCCCAAGGUUUCUUCUACCACAGCAGGGCACGAUGCUGCCCAAGAGACAGGUACCCCAUCUGGGAGGACUGUGAAGAGGAAGAGAAAACAGAUCCAGGAUUACAGACCCCACAGUUCUCUCGCUGCCACUUCAAGUCACGAAAUGACAGCAUUAUUCACAUCCUUGUGGAGGUGACCACAGCCCGGGGUGCUGUUCACAGUUACCUGGGCUCCCCUUUCUGGAUCCACCAGGCUGUGCGCCUCCCCACCCCAAACUUGCACUGGAGGGAGAUCUCCAGCGGGCAUCUGGAAUUGGAGUGGCAGCACCCAUCGUCCUGGGCAGCCCAAGAGACCUGCUAUCAACUCCGAUACACAGGAGAAGGCCAUCAGGACUGGAAGGUGCUGGAGCCGCCUCUCGGGGCCCGAGGAGGGACCCUGGAGCUGCGCCCGCGAUCUCGCUACCGUUUACAGCUGCGCGCCAGGCUCAAUGGCCCCACCUACCAAGGUCCCUGGAGCUCGUGGUCGGACCCAGCUAGGGUGGAGACCGCCACUGAGACCGCCUGGAUCUCCUUGGUGACCGCUCUGCUCUUAGUGCUGGGCCUCAGCGCCGUCCUGGGCCUGCUGCUGCUGAGGUGGCAGUUUCCUGCACACUACAGGAGACUGAGGCAUGCCCUGUGGCCCUCACUUCCAGAUCUGCACCGAGUCCUAGGCCAAUACCUUAGGGACACUGCAGCCCUGAGUCCGCCCAAGGCCACAGUCUCAGAUACCUGUGAAGAAGUGGAACCCAGCCUCCUUGAAAUCCUCCCCAAGUCCUCAGAGAGGACUCCUUUGCCCCUGUGUUCCUCCCAGUCCCAGAUGGACUACCGAAGAUUGCAGCCUUCUUGCCUGGGGACCAUGCCCCUGUCUGUGUGCCCACCCAUGGCUGAAUCAGGGUCCCGCUGUACCACCCACAUUGCCAACCAUUCCUACCUACCACUAAGCUAUUGGCAGCAGCCUUGAGGACAGGCUCCGCACUCCCAGUUCCCUGGACAGAGCUAAACCCUCAAGACAUCUCUGUGAACUUCCAUACCCUACCCCCACAACACAAGUACCCCAGAGCUCACCUCCAUCCCCUUCUGUCUGCCCUCAUAAUUAGGCUUCAUAGCACUGAUCUUACUCUACUGCUGCUGACAUAAAACCAGGACCCUUUCUCCACAGGCAGGCUCAUUUCACUAAGCUCUUCUUUUACUUUCUCUCUCCUCCUUAAUGCCACACACCUUGAAAACAAGCCUUCACUUCCCCACACUCCCCAUUUACUCUUCAGACUACUUCAAUUAGUUCCCCUACUACACUUUGCUAGUAAAACUGCCCAGGCAAAGUACACCUCAAAUCUUCUAAUUCCAAGAUCCAACAGGAUCUCAUUAAUCAUCAGUUCCUUUGAUCUCUCUGUGAGAUUUGUCAUGGCUGACUACUCACUUUUCCUUUAAAUUCUUUCCUACCUUGGUCCUGCCUCUUUGAGUAGACUAGUAGUUUUUUUUGUUUGUUUGAGAUAGGAUCUCACUCUGUCACCCAGGCUGGAGUGCAAUGGCGCGAUCUCAGCUUACUGCAACCUCCACCUCCUGGGUUCAAGCAAUUCUUGUGUCUUGGCCUCCCUAGUAGUUGGGAUUACAGGUGCACAUCACCACACACAGCUAAUUUUUUUUUUUUUUCCGAGGCGGAGUCUCACUCUGUCGCCAGACUGGAGUGCAGUGGCGUGAUCUCGGCUCACUGCAACCUCCACCUCCCAGAUUCAAGCAGUUCUGCCUCAGCCUCCCAAGUAGCCAGGAUACAGGCGCCUGCCACCACACCUGACUAACUAUUUUGUAUUUUUAGUAGAGAUGGGGUUUUGCCACAUUGGCCAGGAUGCUCUCAAUAUCCUGACCUCAUGAUCCGCCUGCCUCAGCCUCCCAAAGUGCUGGGAUAACAAGUGUGACCCACCGCGCCCAGCCCCAGCUAAUUUUCGUAUUUUUAGUAGAGACAGGGUUUUGCCAUGUUGCCCAGGCUGCUCUUGAACUCCUAACCUCGGGUGAUCCACCCACCUUGGCCUCCCAAAGUAAUGGGAUUAUAGGCAUGAGCCACUGCGCCCAGCUGAGUGUACUAGUAGUUAAGAGAAUAAACUAGAUCUAGAAUCAGAGCUGGAUUGAAUUCCUGUCCUUCACAUUUGCUAGCUGUGCAACCUUGGGCACAUAACUUAAUGUCUUUGAGCCUUAGUUUUUUUCAUCUAUAAAACAGGGAUAAUAACAGCACCCCACAGAGUUGUGAUGAGGAUUGAAGUAAUCUAAGUAAAACACAGUACCUAGGACAUAGUAAAUGAUUAAUAUAUCUGAACUACUCUGGUAAUUAUUCCUUCUUACUCUCUUCUAGCAUUUCUUCCAAUUAUUACAGUCCUUCAAGAUUCCAUUUCUUAACAGAGUCUCCAAUCCCAUCUAUUCUCUGCCUUUACUAUAUGUUGACCAUUCCAAAGUUCUUAUCUCUAGCUCAGACGUCUACUACAGCACUGUGAUGCUUUAUGCAACUAACUGUUUACAUGUCUGUCCCCUGCUACUAGAUUGUGAGCUCCUUGAGGGAAAAGACCAUGAUUUAUUUGUCCUUUUCCCCCAGCACCUAGAGUAGUGCUUGCUGCAUGAUAGUAGGCCUUCAAUAAAUUUUCUCUAAAUGAAUGAAAUCUUUCUGGGCAAGGUUACCUUAAUCCCAUGCCAGCUGUUCUCAUCCUCUAAACCAUUCACAGGCAGUAGUAAAUGUGCUCAGACCGCUCUGGUUAUGGACUCUCCUAACACAUUCUAAUUCUCAAACAAAUGGUUUUGUUGUCAUUGUUGUUUUUUGUUGGCUCCAAACAUACCCACUGUAUCAGUCAGGGUCUUGGCAGAAAUAGAUGACACACUCAAAUUGGGUAAUAUGAUGAGAGUGUAAUAAAGGGCAAACAGUAUUUACAAAGAUGAGGGCAAGAUUUGGGAAAACCAUCAAGGAAUAGUGCAAGUGCCUCUGAGGCUAACAACAACAAGGUGCUGGCACUAGCCCUAGGCAUCAAGGGGUAAGGGAGGGAGUGGCUCCCAGAUCACCAGAGAGUAGCUGUAAGACAGGGCUGCCUGGAAGGAGUCAUGGCCUUUCUUUGGUGGAGGGAUGUGGCCAGCCUAUGGGCAGGUGGCAAUGAGAGAGCCAGGGAGAUAGACAGCUCAAUUUCAUGCUCCUCCCAUUCCAGUCUUGGGUCCCUAGGAGUAAAGUCAGAGCCUUUCACAUGGCUGGGGAGGAAUUAUGGAGAUUGGGUAUACUGGAUGUCAUCCAUUUGUCCCACCCAGACCUAUUCUCCAUUGUUCUGCAUCUUGUCCUAUGCUUAGCAAGGCUGAUUCAUAUGGCCUGCAUCAAAAUCAAAGCAUUCUCUCGGGCUUUGGUUUCUGCUUGGGUUCCAACAAUGGGAGGAUAUUAUGGAUUGAAUGAUAUUCUCCUCCUCUCCCUCAAAUUCACAUGUUAAAGUCUUCUUCUUCUUUUUUU